AUGAGUCAAGAUUCAGGAUCAGGAUCACAAAGAACAUCUGGUGCAAAACCUCGUUCAAAUGGAUCUUAUAGACCACCUCGUUCAAGAUCAAACUAUCAAAAAUCAAAUUUCAAUAGAUCAUCAUCAACAACAACUAAUCAAAGACCGUUUUCAUCCAUUUCAUCAUCAUCAUCCGCGCUGCCGAUUGAUAAAGACGCUGCUCAAAGGCGUCGAGAGAGGUUUGCCAAUGAUCAAAAUAAAAAUAAAGAAGAGGCUCUAACAUACAAUAUAGGUAAACUAAGGGAAGCAUUAUUGAAGUUUGAACCUGAUGAACUUGCUAAAUCUGUCUUUUUAUAUUCAAUACGGUUAUCAUCUAAAAUUGGGCAUUAUCAGACAUAUGUUCCAAGUAUUAAUUUCCUUUUGAAACAUCAAAACAUACUUACAAGCUCAGAAUUGAAUGAAAUAACUAAUAUAUUGGCACUACAUCUUGCACAUUUCAAUGAAUCGAAUGAUGGGGCAUUGGAAGUUUAUUAUAAAUAUGCCAAAGAUGAUUUAAAAUUAGGUAAGGUUUUAAAAGCAUGGAGAUUAUUAGAUUAUGUUACUUGGUUCAAUCUUUUGGGCAAUGAAAAAGAUUUGAUGUACUAUAAAAUGAUGAAAUAUGGUGAAUCCAAAAUGAUCAAUCAUUCAUUCAAAUGUAUUCAAAGCUCUUAUUUCCAAUUACCAAAAAGCUACAUCGAUGAGAUAUACCACAUCAGGUUUGAGGAUCUCCAGAGCAGGUAUCUGUGUAAGUGGACACUUCAGGGAUCCACAGUUGUGAUACGGUCUAGAUCCAACUGA